AUGCUCGAGCGCUGCAAGGAGAGCUGCGGGCUGUGCGGUGAUUCCCCGGCGAUCGGCGCGGACGGGACCGGAUCGCUCGACCCCCGCGCGAUCGGGAACGUCGUGUUAAACUCCGGGCACGCGAUGCCUCUCGUGGGAUUCGGAACCGCCGGGCUCGGGGACAUGACCGCCACGGCGACAAAGUGGGCGCUGCAGGCUGGAUACAGGCUCGUAGACACGGCGCAGGCCCCCGAGUGGUACCGCGAGGAUCUGGUGGGUGAGGCGAUCCGAGCGUUCCUCGCCUCGGGCGGCGCGACACGCGAGGAGCUCUUCAUCACUUCCAAGCUGCAUCCCCGCGACCACGGCGCGGAGCGCGCCAAAGCGAUGCUCGAGUCGUCGCUGACAAACCUCGGGGUCGAUUACCUGGAUCUGUUCUUGCUGCACUAUCCCGCGUGCUGGGGGACCUUGUGCGGGGGCGUGGAGCCGCAGGGGACGUGGAGGGACAGCUGGAGGGCGCUCGAGGAGCUGCAACGUGCCGGGAAGGUUCGGAGCAUCGGGGUGAGCAACUUUGACGUAAACGAGUUGAGGGAGCUGGCCGAGUGGGCGCGGGUUGAACCGGCCGUGGUGCAGAGAAACAGCGACAUCUUCUCCGCGGAUAAGGAGGCGAGGCAACUGUGCGAGUCGAAGAGGUGGCAAUACGAGGCCUACAGCUCGCUGGGCAGCCAGUGGCUGAUGCGGGGUCACCGGGAGAACCCGGUGUUGACGCACGCCGACGUGAAAAGAAUAGCUAGGAAAAAGGGGAAGAGCCCGGCACAGGUUGUCCUCCGGUGGGCGAUUCAGCACGGGCAGAUCGUGAUACCCCGAUCGAGCAACCGCGCGAGGAUAGCGGAGAACCUGGACGUCGCGGGGUGGACGCUGGGUGACGACGACAUGUUCGCGUUGGACGCCCUGGACGGCCACCCUCCGUUUGUGCAAUAA